CUGACAGAAAGCGAAACAGGGACGAUUUGACUGGAGAGUCUAGCGGUCAUGCAGACAAUGCGUUGCCUACUUCGCCCAUAGCUCCGUUUUCUGAUGAUGAUUUUGGCGACGACACUAAUGAUCUUGAUGGGAUUCGAGAUGAAGCCAUUGUCGACAAUGAAAUUGUCGAUAUCCUUGAUCAGGAUGAAGAGGAAGAUGACGACGGAGAAGACUUGUUUGGCGACAAUCUUGACAACGACUACCGAGAAAACGUUCGUUUGGAUCAUUACGAGGUUGAAUCUGUUGUAGAUGAAGAGGAAUACGACACCAUGAACCGUGAAGACCGUCUUGUUGCUGAAGCUAAAAUGCGUCGUCGCGAUCGGGAGCUGGCUCGAUUGGAAGGCCGUCUUCCUGCUGCUUUCCUUGACGAUGAGGAAGAGGAUGAAAACGAGCCAAUGCGUGCUCGUCGUAGGCGUCAUGACGGAUUGGAUAUGGAUAUUGAUUUGGAUGCAGGCGAAAUUGCACCACUUGAUCCUGAAAGUUUGAUGGCCACAAAGGGUCCUCUGAGUGAAUUUGUUGCAAUGGAAGGACCUCGUCGCACAAUCAAAAAGGAGUUUCAUAGUUUCCUUACAUCCUAUGUCAACGACAAGGGCGAAUCUGUAUAUGGAGAGCGUGUCAAAGCCAUGUGUUUAGCUGACGGACAAAGCUUGGAAGUAGACUAUCGUCAUUUAUAUUCCACCAAUGCCACGCUUGCAUACUUUCUUUCCAACACGCCCACCGAAAUCUUGAAAAUAUUUGAUAGCGUUGCAAUGGAAGUUGUACUUACUGGUUACGAAGACUAUGACAAGAUUCGAAGUGAAAUUCAUGUGCGUAUUACCAAUCUCCCGAUUGUCGAGACUUUGCGUGAUCUCCGACAAUCUCAUCUAAACACUUUGGUCAAUGUCCGUGGUGUGGUGACACGCCGAACUGGUGUGUUUCCUCAAUUAAAAUAUGUCAAAUAUGACUGUCUAAAGUGUGGUGCGCUUAUUGGUCCAUACCACCAAGACGCUAUUGCUGAGAUUCGUGUGCGUAUUUGUCCCAACUGCCAAGGCAAGAAUUGCUUUUCUGUCAAUUCCGAAGAGACUAUUUACAGGAAUUAUCAGCGAAUAACUCUUCAAGAAAGUCCAGGAACUGUUCCUGCUGGUCGUCUACCUCGCCACCGCGAAGUUAUUUUAUUAUGGGAUCUUGUUGAUGCCGCUCGUCCUGGCGAAGAAAUUGAAGUCGUUGGUGUUUACCGCAACAACUUUGAUUUUUCUUUGAAUACUAAAAACGGGUUCCCUGUGUUUGCCACGGUGAUUGAAGCCAACUAUAUUGCGAGAGGUGAAGAUCAGUUUUCCAGCUCUCGUUUGAACGAAGAUGAUCAGCGCGAGAUUCGCGCUCUUGCCGCUGACCCUCGUAUUCGCCAACGUAUUAUUAAAAGUAUUGCGCCGUCUAUUUAUGGUCACGAAGAUAUCAAAACAGCUCUUGCUUUGUCAGUAUUUGGCGGUGUAUUUAAGAAUCCUCAAGGAAAGCAUAGACUUCGAGGAGAUAUUAACGUUCUUCUUCUUGGCGAUCCGGGUACUGCCAAAUCUCAAUUUCUUAAAUAUAUUGAAAAAACUGCUCCUCGUGCUGUAUACACUACUGGUCAAGGUGCAUCUGCAGUUGGUCUUACUGCUGCAGUUCAUAAAGAUAUCGUUACUCGUGAAUGGACUCUCGAGGGCGGUGCUUUGGUGAUGGCUGAUCGUGGAGUCUGUUUGAUUGACGAAUUCGACAAGAUGAACGAUCAGGAUCGGACUUCUAUUCACGAAGCCAUGGAACAACAGUCUAUUUCAAUUUCCAAGGCCGGUAUUGUUGCUACUCUUCAGGCUCGCUGUGCUGUCAUUUCUGCCGCCAAUCCAAUUUAUGGCAAAUAUAAUCCUCAAGUACCUUUUUCCCAAAACGUUGAGCUUACCGAGCCCAUCCUGUCACGAUUCGAUAUUCUUUGUGUAGUCAAGGAUAUUGCUGAUCCUAUUGUUGAUGAACGUCUUGCUCGAUUUGUAUGUGGCAGUCACAUGCGUAGCCAUCCUGGAGCUGCAGCGGAUGGUGAGGAUAACGGAGCACCAAAACUCGACGCUGACAUCAUUCCACAGGCAUUUUUGCGCAAGUAUAUUAUUUAUGCUCGUGAGCAUGUUCGACCCACUCUUCGGGAUGUUGAUGUUGACAAACUGGAAAAACUAUAUUCGGAAUUGCGUCGCGAAUCUAUGAUUGGUGGUGCCAUUCCAAUUACGGUGCGCUACCUCGAGUCCAUCAUUCGUAUGUCUGAGGCAUUUGCUCGUAUGCAUCUUCGAGACACAGUGCGCCAAGAUGAUAUUGAUCAUGCCAUCUCAGUUACAGUCCGCAGUUUUAUCAGUGCUCAAAAACACUCUGUCAAAAAGAGUCUUUCUCGUGUUUUUGACAAGUACAUUUCCAGCGAUGUUGAUAUGCAUGAACUGAUGCACCAUGUUCUUUCUGAUAUUCUAAAGGAACACAUGCGUUUUGAAUACCUUCGUGGCAACAGUGCUAUUGGUCGUGUCGAAAUCGAUUGUGAAGAAUUUGAACUGAGGGCAAAGGAGCAUCGUAUGUUUGACUUGACAACCUAUUAUGAAAGUGAUCUAUUUCAGCAAUCGUUUAGUCUAGAUCGUGGACGUGGCAAAAUUAUGUUGAGACCGUAACCUUUUAGAUAUCAAAGUUGAAUAAUAAAAAUCAUCGAGUAAACUAAUUAAAUAUGC